CAAAUGAGCAGUGCACGAGAAGCUGGCUCUUGCCGUUGAGUGAGUCGGUUUUAUCACAUCACCCCACAGGCAGAAGCAAGGAAGAAACAGCUGCCAUUUAUUGUAAAGUCUGGAUGGACGUGAAAGAGGAGAUGUGUGAGGAUGACACAAAUACCCUGGAGAUAAGGACAGUAACUAUUAAGGAGGAGGACUGUGAAGGGGAGUCCCUCCACCUUUACCCGGUGAACCUCUUCAUUAAAGAGGAGGAUUAUGAACUGGGGUCAGUGGGCAUUAAAGAAGACGGCGAGAAGACACCUGUCAGCACUGCGAAACAGAAACCUAAAUCUGUGGGGUGUGCCGACCUCAAGGUGAAGUCUGAAUCAUUACAGCCUGACACAAAGAGGACUGAGGAAGGUGUGACUCGAGAAGAUCAGGCAUCCCCUUCAAAUCAGUCUGGAAAAGGAGAGAAACGUCAUUGCUGUUCUGAGUGUGGCAAGCAAUUCUGUCGCCGGACUCAUCUCGAGAACCACACUAGAAUUCACACGGGAGAGAAGCCAUAUUGUUGUUUGGAAUGUGGCAAACAAUUAUCUGACCGGAGUAGUCUUCAGAUCCACAACCGAAUUCACACUGGAGAGAAGCCGUUCUGCUGCUCUGAAUGUGGCAGGCAAUUCUCUCACAGGAGUACUUAUUUGAGGCACAAAAAAAUACACACUGUAAGGAAACCAUAUUGUUGUUCUGAAUGUGGCAAAGGAUUCUCCCGAACCACCUAUCUUAAGAUCCACAAGCGAAUACACACAGGAGAGAAACCCUAUUGCUGUUCAAACUGUGGGAAACAAUUCUCUGAAAGGAGGCAUCUUCGGAGUCACAAAAGAAUUCACACAGGAGAGAAGCCGUACUGCUGUGCUGAAUGCGGCAGACAAUUCUCAUACAGGAGCAACCUUUUGAGACACAAGAGAAUUCACACUGUAGGGAAGCCAUAUUGCUGUUCUGAAUGUGGCAAAGGAUUCUCGCGAACCACCUAUCUUAAGAUCCACAAACGAAAACACACUGGAGAGGAACCAUAUUGCUGUUCUUAUUGCGGAAAGCAAUUCUCUGACAGGAGCAAUCUUCAGAGCCACAAAAGAAUUCACACAGGGGAAAACUCGCAUUGCUGCUCUGAAUGUGGCAAGCAAUUCUCGCACAAGAGCCGUUUAGAGAACCACGCAAGAAUUCACACUGGAGAGAAGCCAUAUUGCUGUGUGGAAUGUGGCCAGCAGUUCUCUCUAAGGAGUAACCUUCAAAGGCACACAAGGAUUCACACAGGAGAAAAGCCAUACUGCUGUUCUGAAUGUGGCAAACGAUUUGCGCAGAUGAAGAGCCUUAAUAGACACUUUACACUUCACACAGGAGAGAAGGAGGAAACCCUGAAGGAGUAAGUUAGCCGGUGAAGAAGGAGGAACUGUGGGAUGGAAUAAAAUGUAAUCCUCCUAAUUAAAGUACUGACAAGAUCCUUCACAUCAUGGCCAACCUGGGUGGAUAUACA